AACAUCAUCAGCAAAGAAGCAGAGGCUCUGCUAUCCGCUGCUUUUCCCUGCAGCCAAGCAGACUGUAGUAGCUGCUUCACGGAUGCGAUCGGGAGGCGGAUGUGGGACUUCCUGGUCAGACAGUGUUUUUCACAUGAAUUAGAAAACGCAGUUUGUCAGACUUCUCUCCGCUAACCCGAUACACAGCUUAGUCGUCGGGUUUCAGGAUUAUUUAGACUUUAUUUCACCAGUGGUUAACACAGAGCGUCUGAUCACAUUAACGUUACUCGUCAUCAGAGUUAGCUAGUAAGCUAACGUAAACGUUAGGGCUUUGCUGUGCUUUAGCCAUGUCCGCCUCGGCUGGAUGCUCCCCGGCGGGCCAUAGCUCGGGCCUUGGCCCCGGCAUGUCCAUGUUUCGCUGGCUAGAAGUGCUGGAGAAAGAGUUUGAUAAGGCCUUUGUGGACGUGGACCUGCUACUCGGAGAAAUAGACCCAGAUCAAGUCGACAUUACUUACGAGGGUCGUCAGAAGAUGACCAGCCUAAGCUCCUGUUUUGCUCAGCUGUGUCACAAAACCCAGACGGUUUUUCAACUCAACCAUAAACUAGAGGCUCAGCUGGUGGACCUGCGUUCUGAGCUGACUGAGGCUAAGGCUGAGCGGGCAGUGGUAGAGAGGGAGGUCCAUGACCAGCUCCUGCAGCUUCAUGCUCUCCAGCUACAGCUUCAUGCCAAACAAGGCCAGCCUGAGGACUCUGACACCAUCAAAGACAGACUGCCUGCACCAACACUGGAAGAGAUGGAACAGGAGCUUGAGGCUAGUAAGAAGGAGAAAUUGGCAGAGGCAAGACUGGAGGCAGAAGUGAGACUAUUUAAGAAAGAAAACGAGGCCCUUCGCAGGCACAUGGCAGUAUUACAGGCCGAAGUGUACGGAGCCAGACUGGCUGCCAAAUACUUGGACAAAGAACUGGCUGGCAGGGUGCAGCAGAUCCAGUUAUUAGGCCGUGAUAUGAAAGGGCCAGCACAUGACAAGCUGUGGAACCAGCUUGAGGCGGAGAUUCAUCUUCAUCGCCAUAAGACUGUCAUCCGGGCGUGUAGAGGUCGUAAUGAUCCUAAGAAACCUCUCCCCUCUCCUGUCGGGCAUGACCCAGACAUGUUGAAGAAAACCCAGGGAGUGGGCCCUAUCAGAAAGGUGGUGCUAGUCAAAGAUGAUCAUGAGGGCCUCGGAAUCUCCAUUACAGGUGGGAAGGAGCACGGUGUCCCCAUUCUAAUUUCAGAGAUCCAUCCAAGUCAGCCAGCAGACAGAUGUGGAGGUCUGCACGUCGGAGAUGCCAUACUUGCUGUUAACAGCAUCAAUUUGCGAGAUGCCAAACACAAAGAGGCUGUCACCAUUCUGUCACAGCAGCGAGGACAAAUAGAGUUUGAGGUGGUGUAUGUGGCUCCAGAGGUGGACAGCGAUGAUGAAAAUGUGGAGUAUGAAGAUGACAGCGGCCAUCGCUACCGACUCUACCUGGAUGAACUGGAAGACAGUAGCACAGCACCACCUAGCAACAGCUCGGCAUCACUGCAGGCUUUGGAGAAGAUGUCACUGAGUAAUGGACCAGAGAAUGGAGAUACUGGGAUCUCCAGUGAGACACCUUCAGAGGAAACCCCUUCAAAGCCUCCUGAGACUGACUGCUCCUUCUAGAAGCUCAGCCAUGCCAUUGGUAUUUGGAGAGAUAACGAGAGGACUGGUGGGGAAAUCCCUCUCGAAGAACUCUAUGACAAGCCCAGGGACAAGGGAAAAUGAACAGAAACCGUCUGUUUUCCCUUUUUCCUCUUGGUAUUCUGGGGUGAUGGGAUUAGGGGGUUUAACCUGGGCACGUGGCAAUGAUUUGGGGUAAAAGUACACAUGUUUGAAGAAGCAGAGGUUGAAGAUCUGUAGAGGAGAGAGCGAUUCUGAACAAUGUGGGACUUUUUUUGAGAUAUUUCAUAAAGAUUAAUGGGAAUUGACAGGACAGCUGUAUGUGAGAAAAGACGAGAGGGUAGAUGUCACAGGCAUCAGGAAAGAAGAGGUUACUCAUGGGUGAAAAUGUCUUUCAGGGAGACACUUGAAGAGUGUUUAGCUUCUGUAUGUAUAGUUAUUCAUUUUGUCUUGACAACAUUAUGACAUUGCCCCAUGGCAACCCCGCAAGAGGCUAGGAAUAUAUCUCAAAAUGGACUGAAUGACAAUAAUUUCUAGUGACUGUUUUACCAAGAGAGAAUUAAUUUGUUAACAACCAUCUCAGAUGUAAGUGAUCAUUGUAGUUUGCAAGAGUGAAGCCAUGUUAAAAAAUCGAAUUGAAAAACCUUGUGAUAUAAACAUCAGAUGGAAAAAUGCUGUAAAAUCGUACCUGUCAUAGCCAAUAUACUUUAAAAGACAGGUAGGCACUGUCGCCUCAGCAAGUUUGGAGGUUAGCUUAAUUGGUGACUCUAAAUUGCCCAUAGUUCCAUAGAAUGUGAGUGUGAAUGGUUGUUUGUCUUUAUAUGUCAGCCUUGUUAUUGGCUCCAGCUCCAGCCCCCCCCCUGUGAUCCUUAAAUAAACAGUAUAAAUAAAGGUUGGAUGGAUGGAUCACUUAAUAUGCUAAACAUUGAAAGCAAAGAGCAACAAUGGAUUUCUUUACAUAUCCCCGUGCUGAACUCUAUACUUGAAUAGAUACUUCUGGCUCUAAAGUUUUACAUAAUAAGUCCAUUUUGGGCAGAGGGGAACAGGUCUAGAUAUUUUUAAAGCAUAAUCUUUUUUUAAAAAAAAGCAUGUUAAACAGCAUUUAAUGCCUGACAUUGCCAGUACUAUCCCACAUUGUAAUUAUUUCAGCGACCUGUCAUAUGAGUGUAUGACCUCAAACACACACUGCUCUGCUAUUGUAUCAUAUUUAUGUGGUGGUGACUGUAGGGUGGAUGUGGAUUCAUUAUCCUGCCACAGCUUUUUAAACUUGUUCCAUCACUAACAUAUUUUGGCAUGUCACUCUAUGUUGAAUAUACAAGGGUGGGCACAGUAACACUUGUAUGAUGCAAUGUAACUGAAUACAAUCAUUUUAAAAAUUCGGGUCUUUCUUAACUUGUGUGUAUUGCUGUAUACUUUUGUUGUUUUUGUGUUAAAUUACAUUCUAUGGUAACACACUGUAUUUUACAAAUUGUAAAGUACUCUAAACUGGGUACAGUUGAAUCGACCCCUCUCUGACACUGGCCUCACCAGUGUUCUGUUUGAUGCAGAGACAUUCAGUUGAAUAUUUUUCAUUGUGCCCAGCUCUUGUAUCUGUUGGCACCACUGCUACCUGCCAGUGUUCUGGCCCAAAGGAACACGAGUAAGUGGAGCCCUUAGUAUGCCCUGAUUCUAUUACCUGCAGCAUUCACAUGUCCUUUUCUUUACUUGCUUUUUUACUUUAUGUUUCCUUGGCGCUUGGUUUGUGUCUCUAAACUCUUCACAUAUAUAAUGUGCAUCUUCAUAGAUAAUGUAUUCAAGCUAAACAGUUUGUUAGCCCUGAAAUAAAGUUUGGUUUCAGUUUGA